AGGAUGACAGGAAAGUACGGGAAAGUCUAGAAGUGGUCGUCAAAAUGGCAGCCACAGAUAGCAAAGCUCCUCUCAGAACGGUGAAAAGAGUACAGUUUGGUAUCCUUAGUCCAGAUGAAAUUAGACGUAUGUCAGUUACCGAAGGCGGUAUCCGCUUUCCAGAAACCUUGGAAGCGGGCCGUCCUAAGCUCUGUGGACUUAUGGACCCGAGACAGGGUGUCAUUGACAGAAAUUCUAGAUGUCAGACGUGUGCCGGUAACAUGACAGAAUGUCCCGGCCAUUUCGGACACAUUGACUUAGCUAAGCCUGUAUUCCACGUAGGAUUCGUAACGAAAACAAUAAAAAUACUACGCUGCGUCUGUUUCUUUUGCAGUAAAUUACUAGUUAGCCCGAAUAAUCCAAAAAUAAAAGAAGUCGUAAUGAAAUCCAAAGGGCAACCAAGGAAAAGAUUAGCCUUUGUAUACGACUUAUGCAAAGGUAAAAAUAUUUGCGAAGGUGGAGACGAGAUGGACGUUGGGAAAGAAGGUGAGGAACAAGUACCAGGUAAAAAGCAGGGCCACGGCGGUUGUGGUCGUUACCAACCGAAUAUAAGAAGGUCGGGCUUGGACUUGACCGCUGAGUGGAAACACGUGAAUGAGGAUACCCAGGAGAAAAAAAUUGCUCUGUCAGCGGAGAGAGUUUGGGAAAUACUUAAGCAUAUCACAGACGAAGAGUGUUUCAUUCUGGGUAUGGACCCCAAGUUUGCCCGGCCCGAUUGGAUGAUCGUGACGGUAUUACCCGUACCUCCCUUAGCAGUACGGCCCGCAGUCGUUAUGUUCGGUUCAGCCAGAAAUCAAGACGAUUUAACGCACAAACUGGCCGACAUCAUAAAAGCGAAUAACGAGCUACAGAAAAACGAAGCGGCCGGCGCCGCUGCUCAUAUAAUCACGGAGAAUAUUAAAAUGUUACAGUUUCACGUCGCCACUUUGAUAGACAAUGACAUGCCCGGCAUGCCGAGAGCUAUGCAGAAGUCGGGUAAGCCGCUGAAAGCCUUAAAAGCUCGGUUAAAAGGUAAGGAAGGUCGAAUACGUGGGAACCUUAUGGGUAAACGUGUGGAUUUCUCCGCCCGUACGGUCAUCACGCCUGAUCCGAACCUGCGUAUCGAUCAAGUAGGAGUUCCGAGAAGUAUCGCCCAGAACAUGACGUUUCCGGAGAUAGUUACGCCGUUCAAUUUCGAUAAGAUGUUGGAGUUGGUUCAGAGGGGAAAUUCGCAAUAUCCCGGUGCGAAAUACAUCAUAAGGGACAACGGUGAGAGGAUCGAUCUUCGGUUCCAUCCGAAACCGUCCGAUUUACAUUUACAGUGCGGUUACAAGGUGGAAAGACACAUUCGCGACGGGGACUUGGUAAUCUUCAACCGUCAGCCCACGCUGCACAAGAUGAGUAUGAUGGGGCACAGGGUGAAAGUUCUGCCCUGGUCGACGUUCCGCAUGAAUCUCUCCUGUACGUCCCCGUACAACGCCGAUUUCGACGGGGACGAGAUGAACCUCCACGUUCCGCAAAGCAUGGAAACUCGGGCCGAAGUGGAGAACUUACAUAUCACGCCCAGGCAGAUCAUCACGCCCCAGGCUAACAAACCCGUCAUGGGUAUCGUACAGGACACGCUCACUGCUGUCCGAAAAAUGACGAAACGUGACGUUUUUAUCGAGAAGGAACAGAUGAUGAAUCUGCUCAUGUUCUUGCCCAUUUGGGACGGUAAGAUGCCCAGACCGGCCAUUUUGAAGCCGAAACCACUCUGGACGGGAAAACAGUUGUUUUCGCUUAUCAUUCCCGGUAACGUUAACAUGAUCAGGACUCAUUCCACGCAUCCAGACGAUGAAGACGACGGGCCGUACAAGUGGAUAUCGCCCGGAGAUACGAAAGUAAUGGUGGAACACGGCGAAUUGGUCAUGGGUAUCCUGUGCAAGAAGACCCUCGGUACUUCCGCAGGGUCUCUGCUUCACAUUUGUAUGUUGGAGUUGGGGCACGAGGUCUGCGGGAGGUUUUACGGAAACAUUCAAACUGUAAUCAACAACUGGUUGUUGCUGGAAGGUCAUAGUAUCGGUAUCGGUGACACAAUUGCCGAUCCUCAGACGUACUUGGAAAUUCAAAAAGCCAUUAAAAAAGCCAAGGAGGAUGUAAUAGAAGUCAUCCAGAAAGCGCACAACAUGGAGUUGGAGCCUACCCCGGGUAAUACCCUACGUCAGACGUUCGAGAACCAAGUAAACAGGAUUCUGAACGAUGCUCGUGACAAAACCGGCGGUUCUGCCAAGAAAUCCUUGACGGAAUACAAUAACUUAAAGGCUAUGGUGGUAUCGGGAUCCAAAGGAUCUAACAUUAACAUUUCUCAGGUUAUCGCUUGUGUGGGGCAACAGAACGUAGAGGGUAAACGUAUCCCGUUCGGCUUCAGGAAACGUACCUUGCCGCACUUCAUCAAAGACGAUUACGGUCCCGAAUCUAGGGGAUUCGUAGAAAAUUCGUAUCUUGCAGGACUGACCCCGUCAGAGUUCUAUUUCCACGCCAUGGGAGGUCGUGAGGGUCUCAUCGAUACCGCCGUAAAAACCGCCGAAACCGGUUACAUCCAGCGUCGUCUGAUAAAGGCUAUGGAGUCCGUGAUGGUGCACUACGACGGCACCGUCAGAAAUUCGGUCGGGCAGCUCAUCCAGUUGCGUUACGGGGAGGACGGGCUGUGCGGCGAGAUGGUAGAAUUUCAAACGCUACCGACCGUGAAAUUGAGCAACAAAGCGUUCGAGAGGAAGUUCAAAUUCGACCCGAGCAACGAGAAGUACCUCCGCAGGGUUUUCAAUGAGGAAGUCAUUAAACAACUCAUGGGAUCUGGCGAGGUGAUAUCCGAGCUGGAACGGGAGUGGGAGCAACUGCAAAAGGACCGCGAGGCUCUCAGACAGAUCUUCCCGAGCGGCGAAUCGAAAGUCGUACUUCCCUGCAACCUACAACGCAUGAUUUGGAACGUACAGAAAAUCUUCCACAUCAACAAGCGGGCCCCCACCGACCUCUCCCCCUUGAGAGUCAUACAGGGCGUGAGAGAGCUCCUGAAAAAAUGCAUAAUAGUGGCGGGAGAAGAUCGUCUCUCUAAGCAAGCCAAUGAAAACGCCACGCUCCUCUUCCAGUGUCUCGUGAGGUCCACCCUGUGCACGAAAUGCGUAUCGGAGGAGUUCAGGCUCAGCACGGAGGCUUUCGAGUGGUUGAUCGGUGAAAUCGAGACGCGAUUCCAACAGGCCCAGGCCAACCCCGGCGAAAUGGUCGGCGCCCUCGCCGCCCAGUCCCUCGGCGAACCCGCCACUCAGAUGACCCUGAACACUUUCCAUUUCGCUGGUGUAUCUUCGAAGAACGUAACCCUCGGCGUGCCCCGACUCAAGGAAAUCAUCAACAUCUCCAAGAAACCGAAAGCUCCGUCUCUUACGGUAUUCCUAACGGGCGCUGCCGCUAGGGACGCAGAGAAAGCCAAGAACGUCCUCUGCCGACUGGAACACACCACCUUGAGGAAGGUCACCGCCAACACCGCCAUUUACUACGAUCCCGACCCGCAAAACACCGUCAUCCCCGAGGACCAGGAGUUCGUCAACGUGUACUACGAGAUGCCCGAUUUCGACCCGACCAGGAUAUCGCCCUGGUUGCUGCGUAUCGAACUCGACAGGAAACGUAUGACAGACAAGAAACUCACCAUGGAACAGAUCGCGGAGAAGAUAAACGCCGGUUUCGGCGACGAUCUCAACUGUAUCUUCAACGACGACAACGCCGAGAAGUUGGUGUUGCGUAUACGGAUAAUGAACAGCGACGACGGGAAGUUCGGGGAGGGGGCGGACGAGGACGUGGAUAAGAUGGACGACGACAUGUUCCUCAGGUGUAUCGAGGCCAACAUGCUCAGCGACAUGACGUUGCAGGGUAUCGAGGCCAUUUCCAAGGUGUACAUGCACCUGCCCCAGACGGACUCGAAGAAACGCAUCGUUAUUACCGAAACGGGAGAAUUCAAAGCGAUAGCGGAAUGGUUGCUGGAAACUGACGGGACGAGUAUGAUGAAGGUGUUGUCCGAGAGGGACGUCGAUCCAGUCAGGACAUUUUCCAACGACAUUUGUGAAAUAUUUUCGGUGCUUGGCAUCGAAGCCGUACGUAAGUCGGUCGAAAAAGAGAUGAACGCCGUACUGCAGUUCUAUGGCCUGUACGUAAACUACCGACAUCUGGCCUUACUUUGCGACGUGAUGACAGCGAAAGGUCAUCUCAUGGCCAUUACCCGUCACGGCAUAAACAGACAGGAUACCGGAGCCUUGAUGAGGUGUUCCUUCGAGGAAACCGUCGAUGUACUGAUGGACGCCGCCUCGCACGCCGAAGUAGACCCGAUGAGGGGCGUGUCCGAGAAUAUUAUCCUUGGUCAGUUGCCUCGGAUGGGUACCGGCUGUUUCGAUCUGUUGCUGGAUGCCGAGAAGUGUAAAAUGGGCAUUCCUAUUCCACAAGCGCACGGCGGCGAUAUGACUUCGGGGAUGUUCUUCGGUUCGGCCGCUACGCCUAGCAGUAUGAGCCCCGGUGGGGCCAUGACUCCAUGGAAUCAAGGGGCUACUCCAUAUGUUGGAAGUGCUUGGUCGCCACAAAAUCUAAUGGGAAGCGGCAUGACCCCCGGUGGUCCGGCAUUCUCGCCUUCUGCCGCUUCGGACGCAUCAGGAAUGUCGCCAGCUUACGGAGCAUGGUCCCCGACACCUCAGUCCCCGGCCAUGUCUCCUUAUAUAUCGUCACCACACGGUCAAUCACCGUCAUACAGUCCUUCCAGUCCAGCUUUCCAACCCACAUCCCCAUCCAUGACACCCGUUUCUCCGGGUUAUUCCCCGAGUUCCCCCGGAUAUUCCCCAACCAGCCCGAAUUACAGCCCAACGAGCCCCAGUUAUUCACCUACCAGUCCUAGUUACUCUCCAACUUCUCCUUCAUAUUCUCCGACAAGUCCUAGUUAUUCUCCGACGAGUCCUAGUUAUUCUCCAACUUCCCCGAGUUAUUCUCCUACUUGUCCCAGUUACUGUCCGACUUCUCCGAGUUACUCCCCUACUUCUCCAAGCUACAGUCCUACUUCUCCCAGUUACUCUCCAACUUCUCCUUCUUACAGCCCAACCUCGCCAAGUUAUUCCCCUACGUCUCCUUCAUACAGUCCAACUUCUCCGAGUUAUUCUCCAACUUCUCCAAGUUACAGUCCUACUUCUCCAAGUUAUUCUCCAACUUCGCCUAGUUAUUCUCCCUCUUCUCCGAGAUACACCCCGGCAUCGCCCAGUUAUUCGCCAACGUCUCCAUCUUAUUCCCCAUCUUCUCCUCAAUAUUCCCCGGCUUCUCCGAGUUAUUCCCCGUCUUCUCCAAAAUAUUCCCCUACUUCGCCGAGUUACUCACCUACUUCACCGUCGUUUGCCGGUGGAAGUCCUCAAUAUUCUCCGACUUCUCCGAGCUAUUCGCCUACUUCUCCCAGUUAUUCUCCAUCGAGUCCUCAGCACACGCCAGCGGCAAGUUCUAGAUAUUCCCCAUCUUCUCCCAACUAUUCGCCCAGCUCUCCCAGUUAUUCGCCCACUUCUCCUCAAUAUUCUCCUCACAGUACAAAGUAUUCUCCCACUUCUCCUACUUAUACACCUACGAGUCCUAGUUACUCGCCGGCGUCUCCCGCGUAUUCGCCUCAGCCACCUAGAUAUUCACCUUCGUCACCUAGUUACUCGCCCACAAACCAGGAUCAGGAUUGAAUAGAUCGAGGAUAAACAGUUAUCACAUUUUUGCUAUUAUAUCUAUAUUAUUUACUCUGAAACUGGAAAA